UUGGUGCUCUCGUUAAACGCGACAUCGCAGAGAAUCUGAAAUAAAAAUUAUCGGAAAAAUAUGAAUUUCUAAAGCUCGUAGAAAGGCUCGAAUUUUCCUUCGGUUCGUCGAAUAAAUGGGCCGAUAAAUUGGAACCGCCGAAUCAUAAUUUCUCGCUUUUUGGGCCUGAAAAAUGGUGUUUUAAUGUCCGAACGAUUAGGAAAUUUUGAGACUCCGUGAGUGACGAAUUAAGCGACUUUUCUCACGAAGAAGGCCGUCGAAAAUCGAAGAUAAACUUGGGCAGUGAGAUGAAACGAAUUGCGGGAGCAAUUCAUAAAUAAAAUCAGUGACGUUAAGUGGAAACUCGAGACGGUUAGUUACGCAUGUUCCUCUCUGAAAAAUCGAUUAAACACGUCGUAAGUUCCGCGAGUAGGUAACGCACACGACGUUGAAUGAAUGAGCGAGUGAUUUAUUAACUCAGUCGCGAGUGCACACGGUUCAAAAAACGGCACGUUCAUUGCGCUCGUCGUCGAUUGGCGGACGAACUUUUAACGGGAGUGCCACGGCGAAGGACCCUCGCUAAUCGGUGCGAUUAAACAUCCGGCCGGAAGUGACGUCACGGCUGUCUAGAGAUGUUGAGGCGAUAUUAUUGGAGCUGAAAGGAUCGAGCGGAUCGAACAAAUCGACGGACCUUCAGGCGAAAGCGAUCACGAAACAGUAAGCAGGAAUCUCAGGCUCACUCAUCAUAAAAGAAAUUCAAAACAAAAAAGCUUCAUCGCGCGUCCCGCAAAACUCAAAAAUCACAUCAAAUCUCGCUCUUGAAUCCGCCCUCUCUCUCUCUCUCUCUCUUCCCUGCCCCGCGAGUAGGAUCGCACGUCCUCGAUCGUCGUUCGGAAAUCACGUAAUUUCAUCGUCAUCAGACUCGCACUAACGAUCGGAAACGAGGCGUCAGCGAUUCGUGCGCGGAAGCAGAGCAAUUACGGAGAGAAACUAUUAAUGCGUAGAAGAAAAUAAAAACAAAGAGAGAGAGAGGGAGUACAGUGGAUUGUCGAGAGUGAAAAAAAAUCUGGCGAAGAGAAGGAAGAAUUGUCAGAGUUUCUCAUCGAGCCGUGAGCGAGAGAGAGGAGGAGAAAUUUGCUGACAAAGAGGCUUGAAUUUUCGCGAGGAAAGUAUUUUCUCCAAAUUCGUGAGUAUCAGGCCAAAGCUAGAACGAAUAAUGGCGGUUCCGGGGAGGAGAAAAACCUCGAUGAACUUUGCCCAGAUUGUCAUUGCUCUGGUCACCAUUCAACGAUCCUUCCUCGAAGUUGUUGCCGCGGAGAAUGAAAACUACGAAGCGAGACCGCCGCCCUGUUUCAGCGACAUAUACUGCUACGGCGAGCUGCUCAAGACGGUGCAACUGGGCGCAAUUUAUGACGACUCGAAGCACUUCGUUGACAUGAAAAUGAGGAAACCGGCGAGCGAGAUCCUCGAGUCGUUCCGUCACUUCAUGAACGAGACGGACAACAAUCCGUCGAAGAAUCAGACGAGAAAAUUCGUUGAGGCGAAUUUCGAAGAACCGGGCUCCGAGUUCGAGGACUGGAUCCCGAUGGACUGGCGCAAGGAGCCCAAAUUUUUGCGCGGCAUAAAGGACCAGGAGCUGCGAAAAUUCGCCUCCGAUCUCAACGACAUUUGGAAAUUUUUGGGCAGAAAAAUGACCGAUCACGUGAAACUCAAUCCGGAAUUGUACUCGAUUAUUUACGUGCCGAACCCGGUGAUCGUACCCGGAGGAAGAUUCCGCGAGUUUUAUUACUGGGACUCGUACUGGAUCAUCAAAGGUCUCUUGCUCUCGGAAAUGUACACGACGGUGCGCGGGAUGCUCUCGAAUUUCGUCAGCAUCGUCGAUCGCCUCGGCUUCAUCCCGAACGGCGGCAGAGUUUAUUACGAGAUGAGAUCCCAGCCCCCGAUGCUCAUCCCGAUGGUCCACGAGUACCUCAAAGCGACGAGCGACUGGAAAUGGCUCGAGGAAAAUCUGUGGCUGCUGGAGAAAGAAUUCGAUUUUUGGAUGGUCAACCGCACCGUCACCAUCGAAAAAGACGGAAAGCUGUUCGUCCUGGCGAGAUACUACGAAAAAUCGAAAGGCCCCAGACCGGAAUCUUACAAAGAAGACGUCCACUCGGCUACAAUAUUUCGAACCCAGGAGGCCAAGGAAGAACAUUACUCGGAGCUCAAGACUGCCGCUGAAACUGGAUGGGACUUUUCGACCAGAUGGUUCAUUCACGAUGGAACGAAACAAGGAAAUUUGACCCACACGAAGGCCCAUUACAUCGUGCCGGUUGAGCUAAACUCAAUAAUUUAUCGAAACGCCGUGCUCCUCGCCGAGUACAACGAGAGAAUGGGAAACAUGACAAAAGUGCAGAAAUAUCGGAGCAUCGCCGAGGCAUGGAAAGUGGCUGUCGAGGCGAUAUUGUGGCACGAGGAAGUCGGGGCAUGGUUGGAUUACGAUCUUCUCAACGAAGUCAAAAGGGAUUACUUUUUCCCGACGAAUGUCGUGCCCCUGUGGACCAACUGCUACGACGUCACCAAGCGAGAAGACUUCGUCGCCAAAGUGAUGAAGUAUCUUGAGAAAAAUCGGGUUGAAGAUUAUCUCGGUGGCAUUCCAACGACCUUGGAACGUUCCGGUGAACAGUGGGAUUAUCCAAACGCUUGGCCGCCUCUCCAAUACUUCGUUAUCAUGGCGUUGGACAUGACCGGCGAUGCUUGGGCCCAGAAGUAUGCUUACGAGCUCAGCCAACGAUGGGUUCGCAGUAAUUACAAAGCUUUCAACGAGUCUACCUACAUGUACGAAAAGUACGACGCGACACAAUUCGGGGUCGGAGGAGACGGGGGCGAGUACGCGGUGCAAACGGGCUUCGGUUGGACGAACGGUCUCGUGAUGGAUCUUAUCAACAAAUACGGACAAAGGUUGACGGCCUACGAUCACUUCACGCCGAACGACGUCGUCAAGUUGGCCUCCCAGCACGGAUCAUCUGCCACCAUUUCGACCGCUGGUCAACUGCUCACCGGCAUACUCGCGAUAAUCAUUUCCCUAGCUGCAGGAUUCAUCGGAAUGGUAAUGUACAAACGACGGCACUACUACGCACCCGGGCCGUCGACGAUGCCAAACAAUCGAAGAGUCGGUACACCGUCGGGAAACCUUUAUCGAAAACGCAUCGCUUACACCGAGCUCAAGGACAUGAGCAACGAUUGACGAAGUUCGUGCGAUCCCACUCAAAGGAAAGUUCAACUCAAAUAACUCAAGGUCAAGCGUGUCAUCGCGUCACUUUCUUCCUCGCGAAUAAGUGGGAGGAAUUUCGUUUAAGGGAAUCGCCCUCAUCGCGCCGAGAUCGAGGGACAACAGGAUUCUCUUCCAAUGCAGAAUAUUCGUCGGGAUAACCUUUUCGAGCAAAGUGUGCGCGUAGGUUUAAGUCGAUUUUAUUGGCGGGGAGGAAAGGACCAUUUUAAACUGAAUUCUCAUCGUUUCAUUCAUUUUCAUGUGAAACAAAUCUCAAUCAAUCAUUCACUCGUGAAUUCUUCAUUCUUUUGACAAUUUUAUCUCUCGAUUUUUCUCACUUUUCUUUUCGUUUAUCACCAUAUGAUCCUACCUCCCUGUCGCGAUCCCGAAUUUGUACAUUUUUAACCCGAAAAAGUGUUGCUCUCGGCGACAUUUUUAUUCAUCGUUAAAUCGCGAUUGUCGACUAAGCUUUCUAGCAGGAUUUUAACGGUGUUGUUUCCUAAUAGAAUAUUUUGCGCUCGAGCCAAUGAGAUCACAUCGUCAUUAUAAUUUAUUAAUCUCGUUAAAAUGAUAUUCUUAGUAGCAUAAAUGUGAAGCGCAUCGUUCAGAAUUCGUUCAACGAUCAUUGUAAAUAUUAUCAAAUACAGUGAAACGCACAUUUCCGAAAUCACAAUUUUCGAAAAUCAAAAUCAUCGGAGAAAUUCCGUCUCUUUCCUAUUUCGAUGACAAAAAAAUAACGAAUAAAAGUCAGCACGAGCUCUGCCGCACACUUUUCGAGCGUUUCUUUUAUUUUUUUACAUUUUCAAAAUGUCUCAAGAAACCGAUUUUUUCUUCUGGAGAUUUUUUACAUCCCGAUAAACGAAUGUAAAUAAAAUCGGUUUCGACGACGGACGGAAGAAUUCACGAAUUUUGAACGAGACUUUCCAGUUUCUCGUGGUAUCAAGUCCGGAGAGAGCGAGAAAUUUGUAAAUAUUCUCCGCUAGAAAAAAUGAAGAAUAAAUCGGCGGAUGCGAGAUCGGGACACCGAACCUGUUACGACGACGACGACUCGCCUGGAUCGAUGAAUCGUUGCUAAAACAUAGUUUAGAUAAUAUUUAAUAUUGAGGAAUGAAGAAAUGUAUUUUUGACGAAUAUUUUUAAUAAUUCAGAACCGUGAAUCAUCGACGUAACAUCGCUUACAUGUUUAUUAUGGAAUUUAGACAUAUUUUAUAAGUGUACAUAAAUAUUACGGAUGUUUGUAAAUAAUCGAAUGGACUUAGUGCGUUAUAAAUAGUUGAAGUUUAAUAAUUCGUACAAAAAUGGAACUUCGAUCAUUUUUUUUGACACUCGAUCGAGUUUGCACGAAGUGAUAAUCGCUCCGACGCGAUGCGUCAAGAUGAUUUAAUGAAAUUAUAGUGUUUAUUGUUUCUCGGUCGUUAUUAUGACGAAACGGACACACGCCACCACUUUUUGCGCGUCCGUUGACUGAAAUACAACUUGAAAAGGAGAACGCUCGCUAUAGAGAUCAUGGAAGUGAUUGGCGUUAAACUAAUCAUCAAGAAAAACUUUUCUUGCCCCGCAACAUUGAAGCGAUUGAGUAUUAUUUUAAGUAGAAAAAUAAAAUAAAUCAAUAUUUGUUUCAAGGCCUUGCGAACGAAGGAAUUUUUUAACGAAUGCGAGUACCGAGUUCUCGUUACGAUGUGUGAUUGGAUAAAAAGAGAGAUGAACGGAAAUGGUGUAAAGUUUAGCAAAUGUGUAUUUCCGAUGUGAAGAAUAUUGUAAUAAAAUUUAGACAAAAUUCAACGAAA